GCAUGGUGACUUCAAAGUGUACCCCAGUCAAUACUCUUGCUCCUAUGACCUGGGGUCCUCCUUGAGCAUGUCUUAAAUGGAACUUGCAACUUCCACAAGCAAAUACCCAUGACACCGUCACCGUGACACGAUCUUUCUCAAGCAAGUUCGAACAGAAUGCGGGUUUUGGCGGUGGAAGUGGCAAUCAUAAUAUUAUGCUCUCUUUCAAAUCCUAUAUUCGUUUCCUCUAGGCUGAAAGGAAAUGAUACCGAUAGGCUUGCACUUCUAGCGAUCAAAGGCAUCAUUCAGCAUGAUCCCAACCGCGUCAUGAGCUCCUGGAACAACUCCAUUCACUUUUGCUUAUGGCAUGGUAUUGCUUGCAGUUCAAGGCAUCGUCAAAGAGUCACCGUGCUGAACCUCAACUCACAAGACCUGGCUGGCUCCAUAUCCCCUCACAUAGGAAAUCUGAGCUUUCUAAAGGAACUUCGCCUCUUUAACAACAGCUUCACCCACAAAAUUCCUCCACAAAUUGGGCAGUUGCGUAGGUUACUUGUACUAUCUUUAUCGAAUAACUCAUUUACUGGCCCUAUUCCAGCCAACAUAUCCAAUUGCUUCAACCUCGACCUUCUCUCUUUGAGUUACAACAAGUUGUCGGGUGAAAUCCCUUCCAGUCUUGGUCUCUUGUCUAAGCUUCAGUUCCUUAUUUUGUUUACUAAUAAUUUAACGGGAGAAAUCCCUCCUUCCUUGGGGAACCUUUCAUCUCUUAUAUCAUUUGCUGCUUAUAGCAACAACUUGGUGGGGAGCAUCCCCAGCUCUCUAGGCCAAUUGAAUAUGUUAUACUUUCUAGCGUUGGGCCAAAAUGAGUUUUCCUGUACCAUCCCUCCUUCCAUUUACAACCUUUCUAAUAUUGGUGUUUUUUCUGUGGGUGCAAACUGA